AUGCCGAAGUCGAAAAAGAUUCUCACGACCAAAGAUGUGCCUCCUAAAUUUCUGGAGGCUGCAUUCAUGGUGGGCCAUGUUCCACAAAUGGCAUUACAGUCCGACCCACGCAUUUCCUAUUCACUCUAUAUCCCACCCGAGCCGUACAAAUCACUUGCCGCAAACGCAAGUGAUAGCAAGUUAAAAAAGUUACCACUCUUGGUAAACAUCCACGGAACCAGACGAAAUCUCUCCGCCAUCUAUGGCGAUCUCAAGACCUUCGCCGACUCAACGCCUUGUGCUGUCUUGCAACCUUUGUUUCCAGCUGGCCUUGAAGGACCUAAUGACUUAGACUCGUACAAGAAGCUCAGAUCCAAGAGUGUAUGCUCCGACCUCGCUCUGCUGUCGAUGCUUGAUGAGGUUGCUACUCGGUGGCCACAUAUCGAUACGGACAAAAUCUUCCUCAUGGGCUUCUCUGGUGGUGGACAACUCGCACAGCGCUUUCUUUAUGUCUACCCUGAACGGCUCUCUGCUGUCAGUAUAGGAGCUCCUGGCAAGGUUACUCUUCUUGAUGAACUACAAGAUUGGCCUAAAGGCAUCAAAAAUGUUCAACACGUGUUUGACCGUCCCAUUGAUCUGAGUCUGAUCAAAGCUGUCGAUAUCCAUAUGGUUGUCGGAAGCAAGGAUAUAGGAGCUCAUGGUGGUGACGAUUUCAAGAAGUGGCAGCAAGCGAUGAAGGUCAAAGCCAAGGAUGCUGGCUCCAAUGAAGAAGCUACUCUAACCAGCAAUAUCGAUGCCUCAGGAGUCGGGCAAGGCAGACUAGGCACUUUGCAAGAAGUCCAAAGAUCAUGGGAAGAACAAGGUAUUGAGACUCGACUCGACAUCGUUGAUGGUGUAGGUCACUCGGCCGACGGUGUUCGAGGCUGUGUUCUGGAUUUCCUCAGACCUCUCAUGCAGGGAUGUAACAAGACUUAG